AUGAGCUUAGCUGCCAAGAAGGGUUGGGAUAGAACAGAUGUCCAGCUUGAGAGUAAAGCGGGAAGAUCAGAGGAAAAGAAUAAGGAACUGCCCAGUACACACCUGCCCACCAACGCUGGGAUCCUGGCAGCCACCAUCAUUGGAUCUCUUGCUGCUGGGGCCCUUCUCAUCAGCUGCAUUGCCUAUCUCCUGGUGACAAGGAACUGGAAGGGCCAGAGCCACAGACUGCCUGCUCCAGGGGACCAGGGAUCUCUGUCCAUCUUGUGCUCCGCUGUGUCCCCAGUGCCUUCAGUGACGCCCAGCACAUGGAUGGCAACCACAGAGAAGCCAGAAUUGGGCCCUGCUCAUGAUGCUGGUGACAACAACAUCUAUGAAGUGAUGCCCUCUCCGGUCCUCCUGGUGUCCCCCAUCAGUGACAUGAGGUCCAUAAACCCAGCCCAGCCCCUGCCCACACCCCCACCCCUACAGGCGGGGCCAGAGAACCACCAGUACCAGCAGGACCUGCUAAACCCCGACCCUGCCCCCUACUGCCAGCUGGUGCCAACCUCCUGAUGAGUCCUGGCCCAGGCCAGCCGGGGAGAAGACAAGGCCCAAGGCCCCAGCCCUCCUCUGGGAGCCUCACACCUGAGACCAGUAGGACGAGGCCAUGGGGAGCUGUGGGGCCGAUGAGGUGGACUCGGCCAAGGACUCAGCAGCACAUGGGGCAGGUGUCCUGGCAGGGGAACAGGAGACUGUAACAGGCCUGAGUCCCUGUACAGCCCCUGAAUGCAUGCCUGCCUUCAGUCUGUUCCCUCAAGCAAGCUGGCCUGGGCCAUGUGCCUGUGAAAAUCAGGCUCUGGCCCCUUUCCAUGCCAAAGUCCUCCAAGAUCAGGAUAUCUGGGGACAAGGGGGUGGCCUCAGGCCUGCCUCCCAGGCAGUUGGCUGGGCUCCCAACUGUCUGUCCUCAAUGCCCUACCCCAACUCCACCAGUGACCCUGAGUCUUUUCCCCCGGAGACAAGGCAGACACCCCACCAUGCGGGCCUCAGGUGGCAGAGAGGCCCAGCCUCACAGGCCUGUGGCCCCACACGCCAGUCCCAGCAAGGUGACCACGGCUGCCAGACCCCUUCCCUGUUCAGGCAGGCCCAGCCCCUCUCAGAAGCCGCUGCCAGCUGCUGGCCUUGGCCCCACCCUGAAUCUCACCGAGUCCCUCUGGGCAGCAGCUCCCUUCUCCACCCCGCCCCAGCCCCGGUCCCAAAUGUGGCCUCACCUUGUCCUCCCCUCCUCCAAUUUAUGCAUUCAUUCAGCAAUAAAUGAGCCUUUGCUGUAUGCCAGACCCAGUUCUAGACUCUUGCAGCCUUGAUAGAAAGUAAAACAAAAACUCCUGCUUUCCCAGAGGGUCGCUCUGGCAGGGGAGAGAAUCAGGAAAUAAAAUAAUGAAUG